UUGUAUAUAAAACAAAUAAAUUUUUUAUUUUGCAAUAAACUAUUUCUUAGCCUAAAACUGUUUCUCCGAUCAAAACCCUAAGCCACUCUUUUCUCCUCUGCCUAAGCCCUCUCUCCUCAAAGCAAAAAUGACCGGAGAACCAGUGAACCCCAAAGCAUACCCAUUAGCAGAUGCUCAAUUAACAACCACGAUUUUGGAUCUUGUUCAACAGGCUGCCAACUACAAGCAGCUCAAAAAGGGAGCUAAUGAAGCUACUAAGACCUUGAACAGAGGUAUCUCUGAGUUCAUUGUGAUGGCUGCGGAUACCGAGCCUCUUGAGAUUCUGCUCCAUCUUCCUUUGCUUGCUGAAGAUAAGAAUGUCCCCUAUGUAUUUGUUCCUUCAAAGCAAGCACUUGGCCGAGCAUGUGGGGUCACAAGACCUGUAAUUGCGUGUUCUGUCACGACAAAUGAAGGAAGCCAAUUGAAAUCCCAAAUACAACAACUCAAGGAUGCUAUUGAGAAGCUCUUGAUCUAGAAUAUUAUGGAACUCAUAUUCGGUGUGAUGGGUCUCUUGGAUUGUUGUGGUCGUUCCUUUGGAGGCUUUGACUGAUGAAGUUGUGCCACUAGUGAACCAGUCUUUAGUAUUUGACCUUUAAUGUGAUUUUUGUGUCUUAUUCUGUUUUCUUAUGAAUUGAGAAAAAAGACAGUCUUGAAUUGAUAUUUACCAGAACUUAGUAUGAAUGACACUUUUAAUUAAUGUAGUCUGUUUAAUAUGUUUUGUUA